UAUAAUAAAGUGUAUGUCCAAUGCGCAGUGAGAUUAUUGUGAAUUAUUUUCUUAUUACUCAUUAAUAUUUCGCGACUUGGCAACUCCGUUAUCCAUCCGAAAAAAGCAAAUGUUUACACUUGAAAAGUAGAAAAAGUUUCAUCGCCUUACUUCUGUUAACUAAACAAAUGAUUAAUUAAACAAAACAUAAGUCAUAAAAAACAAGUUAUGGAGAGUUUGCCUUUAUAUGAAUUACAUAAGAUUUGUCGAAUUUGCUUGAAGAAUGACAUAUUGGUGUCAAUCUAUAGCCCGACAUUUUUGAUAACGCCUGUAGAAAUGAUAGAGAAAUUGCAAAUGUUUAAGGGUAAUUAUCAGCUACCAAUCGACGAAAAUUUACCAACUCUUCUAUGUCAAUCAUGUUUAUAUCGCCUUUUGGAUGCGUAUAAUUUGCAGCAAUUAGCUGAAGCGUCUGAACAACGUUUACGAGAGUAUUUAGGUUUAAAUUCAAUCGGAAGCACUGUUUGCAGUAAUUUGAAUGAUUGCAAUGACAACAAAAUUGACUUGAAUGUAGAGCCCAUUUACGAUCUACGUGAUAUGUUCCCUCGCAACGAAAUUGCCUCUAAUGAAUUAAUAGAGGUUGGAGGUAAUGAUGAUGUGGAUUUGCUGAAUGAUGUUGAAAUUGAUGUUAGCAGUUUAACACGUUCCGAAGCGGAUGAUAAUACCCUAAGCGAUGUUUUUGUAUCCAAAAAUACCCAUAAUAAUAAUAUGCUGAGCUGCCGAAAAAUACCACACAUUGAAACACUCCAAAAUAACGCUAUAUGUCGGGAUGUCGAGAUUAAAGAAAAUCAUGGUAUUAUCAAUUCAACAGGAAAAGCGAAAAAAAGUAAAUCAGCAAAGAAACCUGAUCAAUGUCUGGAAUGUGGAAAAAUCUUUCACUACAGGGGCUAUUUAGAAAUACACAAACGCGUACAUAGUGGAGAAAAACCUUACAAAUGCCAGCAUUGCGCUCGCGAGUUCUCGCAAUCAACUAAACUGCAUCUACAUCAACGUGUUCAUGGACAGACAGCAAAACUUUCACACUAUUGUGAUGAUACUAUAAUUGCACAUAAUGAAAGUAAUGCAAGUAAUAUAAGUUCAUAUCGUCGUUAUCAAUGCGAAAUAUGUGCCGCUUUCUUUACUACAUCAAGCAAUUUAAAAGCUCAUCGACACACGCAUUGCGAGCAGCGUAAUUUCAAGUGUAAACAAUGCCAGCGUACAUUUAAAUCACAACGAGAACUUCGGCGUCAUGAACCGAUACAUAAAACUAUUAAGGAUAUUAUUUGCAGUAUAUGCCAAAGAGGUUUCAACAAGGGCAGCUAUCUGAAUGCUCAUAUGGUGACCGUACAUCGCGGCAUCCGCCGACAUAAAUGCAAUGAAUGCGAUAAGGUGUUCGGUAAACGUUCCAACUUGAUAUCACACAUAAGAACUCAUACUGGCGAAAAACCUUAUCAAUGUGCUUUAUGUCCUUGGAAAUUUAAUCAGUCUUCAGCUUUAACCAGACAUUUAAAGAAGCAUACGAAGAGCAAACCGUCUGAAUCUUCACAGCGAACUCAAGAGGAAGAAGAAGUAAAUUAUAGGCAUUUAACUAAUAUUUUUAUGUACGACUUCUCAAAAGAAACGAAUCCGAUUUCGGAUUAUACGCAAAGGCUGCAACUGCCCCAACAUCAAACUCAAGACGAAAUGAAUUCGCUGCCUCACAACAUUUAUUAAGACUUCUU